GUCUUGCAGGACCUGCAAUCAGCUACUGCCACCAUCAGCAGACAGACCUGCCUGAUGACCUGAGCAACACGCAUCCACCCAGCACAUCUUACUCUCCCAGCGGCCACACUUACAGUCUCAGGAGAACUCUUCACAUCCGUCUCCCCAGGGGCCCCAGAGCCAUGACCAGGAAGGUGUUCACCAACACCCGGGAGCGCUGGAGGCAGCAGAACGUGAACAGCGCCUUUGCCGAGCUGCGCAAGCUGAUCCCCACCCACCCGCCGGAGAAGAAGCUGAGCAAGAACGAGAUCCUGCGCUUAGCGAUGCGCUACAUCAACUUCCUGGUGCAGCUGCUGGAGACCCAGAGCGGGCAGCCGGCAGACCGGGCACCCCCCUCCCUGCUCACCUUCCUGCAGGGCAGCGUGGAGCACCUGCACUCCGCCCGGGCCUGGGGACUGGCCAGCGACACCGACGCCCCGUCGCCUGGAUCCAGCUGCGGAAGCUCGGAGGCCUGGUAGACCACCCCAAAACAACGCACGGCGUACCCCGCUCCACGUUUCCCCAGAUCAUCCCGUGGGUCCUUCCCUCAGCUCUGCUCAGAGAAACUCUGCCCCGAAGCAAGCAAACAACACUUUCUGGAAGAUGCACCAUUGAGGUUCUUAAUCCAAGCUUUUCAGUGUCAUGCUUUAAUGUUUAAAUGGCAGCUUGUUGAAUCACGGGAGAGGAGUGCAGCUUUUUUUGUCUGAAUCUGCAUGGAUGUAGCUUGGAUGUCCCCCUCCCUACCAUUUGACAUAUCAUUUCUUCUUCGUGCCUGUGCCAUAGGCGAUUUUGAAAUCUACGUUAUUAGGUAAAGUGCUUCGAUCUACAUCGAAUGCAGCUCCACGUUGUGAGAUGUGGAUGAAAUAUCCAUGGUGUCUGGAAUUCAGAGAAGAUUGAAGGAUUUUGAAAAACAAUCUGUCUGAAGACCAGUUCAACAAAUCCACAAAGGAGACAUAAGGAAACCCAACCCUGUUUAAAAAUCAUCUUGAAACAAAACAAAAUAAUUUAAAUAAGAGCAACAUUUAUACUUCCUUUGUAGGAUAUAUUCUUGAUUAUAGAAAGUAUCUUUGGGGAUCAUACAGAAUACAUCAAACUGUGCUAAAUGAAAAUAUUGGUUAUGACCACAGUGGCACUAAUGCUACCCUCCCCCUCUGCAACCCCUAAUCUGACCAGCUAAAUUGUAUAUUUAUUAAGGAGAAAGGUAAAGGAAAAUUGACAAUCCUUUUAAAUUAUCUUCAGAACUACUGGAUGGACAGUACAGAAGUAUAUGUUGUUUUAUUUAAAAGUCCUGUAGCCAAAGAGGAAUAUGUGGUCUUUAUCAAGACUUGUGGUUCAAUCAUACACCGUGUGCAUUGUCAUGUAUAUUUUGCUGGUUUGUUUUUAAUAUGGUAAUCUAUUAUUUAUUAUGAUUUAUUUAUUUACUGCAUCUGUAAUUUGUUAAUAAAGUAUGUUGUAACAAAA